AUGGAGCUCCCACGUGCAGAGCCGCUCUUCAGUCCCCCCGCGCCCGUCGGCGAACCUGAUGUCCCAGACCCUUUCCUGAAGGAGCCGGUCGACUCCGAAGACGAAUCUGUUUCGGACACGGCAGAGGAGGGUCUCUCUCCGUCUGCAACGCCUGCCAUAGAGGAGGUCACCCUUGCCCCGGCUGAACCCGCUACCCCCUCAUUGCCCCGCUCACCAAAUCUUGACAAGUCGGUGCCCCCGACCCCGCUGCCCCCAGCGAGUGACGACGAAGACGAGGAUGAGGCUCCAGAGUUCUAUUUGCCUGGUCUGACGCUGCCGACCAUGUUCUUGCCAAUACCCAACACAGACCCGCUAAGCACACUCUUGACCAAAUAUGUUCCCGCUGAGAAGCGACCACCACGAGACUUGACAGGAGAUUACUCCCGUGCAGGAGGAGAGCUGCAUCCGUUGAUUAUGACGAAUAGUUGGAGGGCGGUCGCGCGGCAGGCGCGAGAUCGCAUUGUCGAAGCCGACCCAGAAGAAGUCCCGUACAUCCUCUCCCUGUGGUACCUCCGCCUCUCCUCCCUCGCGCGCAUGCGCCUCUUCAACCAGACCUCCGCCGAGUGCACGAACCUCUUCGCCGUCCUGCACGCUCUGGAGCCGCGCGAGACACGCACGUAUCUCUUCGACCGCGUGCUCCCAUUCGAGCUCGAGGUGCUCUACGCAAAGCUCAAGUACUGGGCGGGCGACCACGUCGGCUACCUCGAUGCGCUCGCCGCGCUCCUCCGCCGCUGCAAGGCGAAGGCGCGGGCGGCCAAGCACGACCAGGCCGCCGCUGGGAUGUGGGUAGAGCGCGGCGCGCGCAUCGUUCUCAUUAUCGCGUCGCAGUUCGUCGAGAUGCGGGAUUAUACGGCGGCGGCGAGGCUCCUCGAACCUCUCUGCAUGCAACCUGGGGGCGUGUCCUCGCCUGCACUCCGCUCCGCCGUGGCCCGCAUCUACCUGCAGGGCGGGUACGUCGCGAUGGCAGCGAAGCACCUCGCGGCCGUUGCGGAGGACCCGACCGCGGACCCUGUGCAGAAGGGCAUGAACGCAGCGCUGUUUGCGUCUGCGGAGGGCGACUGGUCCCGUGCGACUGUUGAGCUGCAGCGCAUCAUCGCGGCGGAUCCGGAGAACUUCGUCGCCGUGAACAACCUCGCGGUCGCGCUGCUCAACCAAGGGCGGUUGCAAGAGGCGAUCCAGCUGCUCGAGGACGCGCUCCGGACGUCCCCCGCCACAAUCGUGACGGCUGAGCCGUUCCUUUUCAAUCUCUCUACGCUGUACGAACUGCGCUCGGCGGCCGGCGCGGACAAGAAACGCGAGCUCCUCGUCGAAGUCGCGAAGUGGGCCGGGGAUGGCCUGCGCACGACUUGCCUGAAGUUGCCUACCACGUAG